UUGAAUUUUCAUAUUUUUUAAGAUCACCAAAAAUGUUUGAUUUAUUACGCCUUUUAAUGCAAUACCAUGACCCUCAACUUUGCUCAUUUUUGGAUUCCUUCAAAAUUCAAUCAUCAGAAUUUACAAGUUUUUGGCUUCGGACUUUGUUAUGUGUAAAUAUGGAUGAUGAUUUGUGUAAUUUACUUUGGGAUAGAUAUUUUGAAAAGGGAGACCCUUUCCUUAUUUUCUUCGUUUCUUUGGCUUUUGUACAAAGUGUAAAGGAUGAAAUACUUUUAUUAACUGAACGUGACAAAAUUCUUAAUUUACUCAAAGAUAUUCCAAGCAAAAUGACAAGAGAUGACUUAACUGAUCUACUUGAAAUUUGUUCUGUUCACUUAAAUUUGACACCGAUUUCCGUGCGAGAGGAUUUUCAUUGUAUGCUAUUUGGCUCAAACUUACUAGACGAAUGUUCUGAACAGCCUUUAAAUCGACUUAUUUGCCUUUCAAUUUCUGCUCAAGAGCUUUAUAAACGUGCUAUUGACCCAAAAAUUACAAAUUCAAAUUUUUCUUAUUUUAUUAUUGACACUCGACCACAAAAAAGUUUUAAUGCUGGAUCUAUUUCUGGUGCUUUUAAUUUAAAUGCUGAAACGAUUGUUGAAGACCCAGACAAGUUCGGCUUUGCAAUGUCGUCACUUUUAAAAUUUAAAACUGAAACUUGCCCUAAAGACCACAUUUGUUUUGUCGGUUCUGGACAUGAAGAAGAAGACCAAUUUAUGUUUAUGGCUAUUUCUCGUUUUCUCCAUCAAAAUUUAGAGCACAUUUCCUAUGCCGAGGGAGGAUAUAAAGCUUUACAUUUAAUUCUUUCUGAAACUGGUAAUUUACAAAAAUUGAGUAAUCACUUUACAAAAAAUGACUGUAUUGAAUGCAAAAAUGGACCUAUGACUGCACAACCUAAAAGUGAAUGGAAAAAGUCAUUUUUGUCAUUACUAAAGAAAUCUGUUCAAAUAAAACAACCAAAAGAAAUUAAUACAAAAGAGAAUAAAUCUGAUUUAUUAAAACAUGUCAGCACUUCAGAAAGAAUUGGAAAUAAAAGAUAUAGAAAUAUUCAAUCAGUAUUUUCAAUAAAUGAAGAAGAAUCUUUAAGUUCUGAUGUUGAUGAAUUACAAAUUUCUUCUCCCUCACAAAUGAAGGCAAAACCAAAAGAAGGGGAAAGACUUAAAUGGAAUGAAAUUAUAAAAAAGGCAGAAAUUAUUGAAAAUUUUGAGGGAGAGGAAGUGUUUGCACUUGAAGAUAGAACUUUAUUCCAAUAUUCAAGUCCAUCUAAAGAUAAUCGAAUACCUUGUUAUAUAGCUUUAAGUAGAACACAUAUGCACAUUUUUCACAAAGUGGACAUUAAUGAAGGAAUAGUUUGUUCAUCAAUGAGACAUUCAUUAGCUAGUAUAUUAAAAGUAACUAGUAAACGAAGAUUUCCUGAAUUUUUGACAUUUAAAUUUGGAUAUGAAUUACCAACUGGAGAGACACAUGUCAGUCAUGUCCAUUAUUUUAUUCUUCCAAAAGCCGGAGAGUGUGCAAAAGCUGUAAAGAUGGCAAUAUUGGCAUUAAAACCAUUUGCUUUUGAUAGAAAUCAGAGUUGAGAGAAAAUUUUUUAAAAAAUAAA